UUUGCAGAAAAAUGGCGACCAUGUUUUGACAGAUGCUGUGUUAUUUAUUCCUAACCCUAACCCGCCACGAUAUUCAAUGGGUCACUGAAAUAAACGAUAUUGUAAAUGCUGAAAGGGCGUUCACCGUUCAGAACUUUAUGCAUCUGCGAAGAGGAGUGAAAGCUCGGGCAAGCGGCAAUUCUGUGGGAACGCAAGGCAAUUAGUCUGGACAAAUGUCGUGAAUGAUAAUUCAUAGGCCUACAUCUUUCCUUUUCUUGGCCAUAGGCAUAGGCCUUGGUGUAGCAUUUGAAAGUGGUCACUAUCAUGAGGCCAGUGGCAUGGCAGUGAGUAACAUUUUGUAGAAUACUAAACUACGGAAGUAUUGACUUGUUGGAUAUCUAAAUCGGUGUUCUGCGAGACGUCGUGGGCCGUGGCAGAGGACAACAGAAUCGCCCAAUUUUACAAACUGGAUUUAUAGACUAUCACCAUAGAAGGCAAAAAGGUGUUUGGGUGGCUGUCCCAGUGGCUGAGGCAGUCCAAGAUGGGUGCUGAUCAAAGCAACCCUGUGGUUCCUCCAGCUGGACUCAAGUCACAGAGAGAUGAUGACAUUCCUUACACAUCAUAUUCCAUAAGCAAGCCAAUUGAUGGAGGAACACCUCGCUCAUCUCCCCGGCUUCACAAUAAGCAGCGGGAGAAAGGACCGCAGCCUUCGAAAGAUAAAGAGAAGGAGGGACAACUAAUACACAAUAUUGUAGUUGUAAAAGAGGGCCAAGACGAUUCUGAUCAAGUAGAUCCAGAGAUCCAGAAACUUGAAGAUAUUGCAGUUUUCCUACCAGUGAUGAGAGGAUCUUUAAAUAUUCCCAAUCUGCGUGAUGUUGAUUGUAUGGAUCGACUUGACCCAAAACAAGUCCUCAUGAUGUGUGUCCGCUAUCAGGAACACUUGAAACAGUGUGCGGAAGCCAUAGCCUUUGAUCAGAAUGCUUUGUGUGUCAGGAUCAAAGAGAUUGACUUUGCCAUUCAAACUCUGAACAGCAUGAUCACAGAACGACAGAAGAAGUAUGCCAAAUAUGCUGAACAAAUCCAGAAAGUGCAAGAAGUCUCCUCAGUUCUUACUCGGAUCAAGAUGAAUGUUGAUGAACUUGUUCCACUCAUGGAAAGAUUAAAUAGUGUGCUCCCUCCUGAUGACCAACUUGAACCAUUUGUUAUGAGGCCAACAAAGACUUGCUGAAUUAAGAAUGCACUACAAGAUGUGUGAAGAGGCAAAUGAUAUGCAAAAACAUUUUAAUCAGACAGAAUUCUUAGAUCUUUGUUAAGGCUGGACUGUAUAAAUCAGUAUGUCCUAUCUACUCUAGUCACACAAAAAGACAAACCAUGAUAUGAUGUCAGUUAUUACAGCAUCCACCUAGACUCCAUUUCCUGAAAAAUGGCUCUGGUAUUUUUGUGAUUUUACACAGAAAAUGAAGACUUGAACAAAGUUUUAUAUUUAUUUUAUCUGUAACUUCAAAGUUCAAAGUGUGUAAAAAUACUUACUUUGCCGAUCGGACAAAGCGUUAAGUAGAAUGAGCCAUUUGAAGUGAAAUACUAACCAAGUUUCCCUCUCAUUUUACCCUUGUUUUUAUGAAAUGGAUGUAUCAAUGAUGUGUCAAAGGCAUGCCUUGGUAUCAUUAGUGCAGUCAUGGUAUAACUUGUAAACUCUCACUAAUUUCUGUUGGCCGUAUUUUCAAAAACAGUCUUGAGAAGAUUGAAGCAUUGAAAACCAAGGAAAGGAGGUGAUAAAAGCACCUAUUGAUUGAAGUCGAUGGUUUAAGUAUGGCUCCUAAUUGUUUUCCUAUUAUAUUGGUGUUUAAAAUGUUGGGAGACUUUUUUCGAAAUGUAUUAAAAUUGGAAACUUCUA